AUGGAGGGAAAUUCAGCACCAACUGCUAAACAAUUUAGAUGUGAUAUUUGCAACAAAUCAUUCAGUGGAAAACAAAACCUCGAAAAACAUAAGAAAAGUGUUCACAGUGAAAAGAUAUUCAAGUGUGAAAGAUGUGGAGAAACUUUCAAUCGACAAGAUAACCUAAAACGCCAUGAAAAAAAGCACACACAAGAAAAAGAAUUUAAUUGUGGAAACUGCAAACUCAAGUUUUACAGAAAAGAUAAAUUGAAGGAGCAUCUGAAUACUUGCAAACGUAACUAUUCUGGGGGCGAUGGAAAGAGGAAUCAUGAGACAAGUGACAAUGAACCUCCUAAAAAACGUGAGAAGUUGGACAACCAAGAAGCAUGUGAAGAUGAACCGUGUGACA